UUGCAGAGUCUGUUGAAUGGAUUAAUGUGUUACAAACCCGAUGACCCAAUUGAAUAUUUGGAAAGCUGUUUGCAGAAAGUGAAGGAGCUUGGGGGGUCAGAAAAAGUGAAAUGGGACACUUUUGUCAGCCCAGAAAAGAAGACCCUGCCUCCACUCAAUGGAGGACAAUCCAGGAGGUCUUUUUUCAGGAAUGUGAUGCCUGAUAAUUCUAACUUCCCAUACCGACGGUAUGACCGACUCCCUCCAAUCCAACAGUUCUCGAUAGAAAGCGACACCGACCUCUCUGAAACUGCUGAGCUAAUUGAGGAGUACGAUGUGUUUGAUCCUGCAAGACCUCGACCAAAAAUUAUCCUUGUCAUAGGUGGCCCAGGAAGUGGUAAAGGAACACAGAGUUUGAAAAUAGCAGAACGCUAUGGAUUUAACUACAUAUCCGUUGGUGAAUUGUUAAGGAAGAAGAUCCACAGCACAAGCAGCAAUAGAAAAUGGAGUCUAAUUGCCAAAAUAAUUACUACUGGAGAACUGGCCCCUCAGGAAACAACCAUAACUGAGAUAAAGCAGAGACUAAUGCAGAUCCCUGAUGAAGAGGGUGUAGUGAUUGAUGGAUUUCCCAGAGAUGUUGCCCAGGCAAUCUCCUUUGAGGACCAAAUCUGUACCCCCGAUUUGGUGGUGUUUCUGUCAUGUUCCAGUCAAAGGCUGAAAGAAAGGUUACUGAAGCGUGCUGAACAGCAAGGGAGACCUGAUGAUAACCUGAAAGCCACUCAAAGACGACUAAUGAAUUUCAAGCAGAAUGCUGUCCCAUUGGUUAAAUAUUUCCAGGAAAAAGGGCUAAUCAUCACAUUUGACGCAGACCGAGAUGAAGAAGAGGUGUUCUUUGACAUAAGUUCGGCAGUUGACAAUAAACUGUUUGCAAACAAAGAGGCUGCAGUAGGGGCAAAUGAGCUUGAUUGCGGUCUGAUUAUGGAUUCUGGAGAUACUGUUUAUACAGAAUUUGACUUUGAAGACCAGGAGGAGGAUCAGUCAAGUUUUUCCGGUUAUGAGAGCACAGGAGACUUUUCAGAAGACCUGAGGAAAUCAAACAUAAUUUUUGUAGUUGGUGGCCCUGGCUCUGGCAAAGGUAGCCAGUGUGAACAGUUAGCCAAGAAAUAUGGAUUUACUCACCUGUCCACUGAUGACCUUCUCCAAAACGAGUUAUCGUCAUUGUCGGAGAGAAGUAAAUUGAUCAAAGACAUCAUGGAAAGUGGUGAACCUGUGCCUGGUGGUAUUGUCCUAGAGCUACUGAAGGAAGCCAUGGUUUCCAAGUUGGGGGACACAAAAGGAUUCCUGUUGGAUGGGUAUCCCCGGGAGCUGAAGGAAGCAGAAGAGUUUGAGAGCAAGAUUGGGGAACCACAACUUGUGUUCUGCCUGGACUGCUCUGCAGAAACCAUGAGCCAUCACCUUCUGAUGAGAAAUCAGAGCAGUCAGGAGUCUGAUAACACCGAAACUGUCAAGGAAGAAAUUGAAAGCUAUUACCAAGCAUCAAAACCUUUGAUUGCCUACUAUGAAAGGAAGACACAGUUAUGCAAGGUUGAUGCAGAAGGAACGCAGGGGGAUGUUUUUCUGGAGUUCUGCAAGACAAUUGACUCUUUCCUGAGAAGGGAAGAAGAGGCAGCGCCUGCUUUCUCAAGAGGGGCAGCAUUUUCAGCAGGCUUUGUGCGCCAGUGUUUAGAUUCUGAGCAGGAUGGCGAACAGCAGCUCCGGUUUGCGUCGCACGACCUCACGCCUUCGACGGGAAGUCAGGCAGUGCCUGGCCAGCGGGGAGCUCCUCAGCCACACCAUCACCGCUUAGCGAACUUGGGUUUUGGCGACUACAACCUGUUCUCUGCUACGCGCAGCUGCAAGACGGCUGGAAUCAGUCAAGCUACAAGUUACAAUAAACUUUUCACACGUCCCCAGAACGCUGUGACAACAAGCAGAAAAAUGGAGACACGGUUCGGUGGCGUGGAAGUCUGUCAGUCCGUCACCGUGGAGCAGACAGCAUUGCCUUCUGCGGGGAAUUCAUUCCAGUCUCAAAGCAACUGGAAGUCUGUUAGAGUUACCCAGUGUUUCUGCAUCACAAGCUACGCAUUUCAACAGAAAACAGGUCAACUAAACCACGUCACAGUAAGAGCAAAGCUUCCCAGGCAGCGGCACGCAGCGUACCACGGCCACCGAAACCUGCGUCUGCUGCAGCCUGAGAAAGAGCAGCUUGGGAGUAAGACAGGAGGAACGACAACGCUAAUCCCGCAACAGGCGAAGCGCGCUCCAGGCGGCGCAGGGUGCCAUCGGUCCCCGCUGCACGAACAGCGGCGGGAGGCACGGGGCAUCCUGCCGGUCUGCGCGGUGGGUCCCGAUUCACCACCUAAAAAUGACUAA